GCGUAAACCUAGAGUACAGCAGCCAUAUCGAGUCGAGUUUUGGUUCCUCGUUUUAUUGUUUCUUGAUACGAGGACAAUAUGCAGAUCUUCGUUAAAACCCUCACUGGCAAGACCAUCACACUAGAAGUAGAGCCAAGUGACACAAUAGAGAAUGUCAAAGCAAAGAUCCAAGACAAAGAAGGCAUUCCUCCAGACCAGCAGAGAUUGAUCUUUGCAGGCAAGCAGCUUGAAGAUGGUCGCACUCUUUCUGACUACAAUAUCCAGAAAGAAUCCACACUGCACUUGGUCCUUCGUCUAAGAGGUGGUAUGCAGAUAUUUGUAAAAACCCUCACUGGCAAGACCAUUACACUAGAAGUAGAGCCAAGUGACACAAUAGAGAAUGUCAAAGCAAAGAUCCAAGACAAAGAAGGCAUUCCUCCAGACCAGCAGAGAUUGAUCUUUGCAGGCAAGCAGCUUGAAGAUGGUCGCACUCUUUCUGACUACAAUAUCCAGAAAGAAUCCACACUGCACUUGGUCCUUCGUCUGAGAGGUGGUAUGCAGAUCUUCGUAAAAACCCUCACUGGCAAGACAAUCACACUAGAAGUAGAGCCAAGUGACACAAUAGAGAAUGUCAAAGCAAAGAUCCAAGACAAAGAAGGCAUUCCUCCAGACCAGCAGAGAUUGAUCUUUGCAGGCAAGCAGCUUGAAGAUGGUCGCACUCUUUCUGACUACAAUAUUCAGAAGGAAUCCACACUGCACUUGGUCCUUCGUCUAAGAGGUGGUAUGCAGAUAUUUGUAAAAACCCUCACUGGCAAGACCAUUACACUAGAAGUAGAGCCAAGUGACACAAUAGAGAAUGUCAAAGCAAAGAUCCAAGACAAAGAAGGCAUUCCUCCAGACCAGCAGAGAUUGAUCUUUGCAGGCAAGCAGCUUGAAGAUGGUCGCACUCUUUCUGACUACAAUAUCCAGAAAGAAUCCACACUGCACUUGGUCCUUCGUCUGAGAGGUGGUAUGCAGAUCUUCGUAAAAACCCUCACUGGCAAGACAAUCACACUAGAAGUAGAGCCAAGUGACACAAUAGAGAAUGUCAAAGCAAAGAUCCAAGACAAAGAAGGCAUUCCUCCAGACCAGCAGAGAUUGAUCUUUGCAGGCAAGCAGCUUGAAGAUGGUCGCACUCUUUCUGACUACAAUAUUCAGAAGGAAUCCACACUGCACUUGGUCCUUCGUCUAAGAGGUGGUAUGCAGAUAUUUGUAAAAACCCUCACUGGCAAGACCAUUACACUAGAAGUAGAGCCAAGUGACACAAUAGAGAAUGUCAAAGCAAAGAUCCAAGACAAAGAAGGCAUUCCUCCAGACCAGCAGAGAUUGAUCUUUGCAGGCAAGCAGCUUGAAGAUGGUCGCACUCUUUCUGACUACAAUAUUCAGAAGGAAUCCACACUGCACUUGGUCCUUCGUCUAAGAGGUGGUAUGCAGAUAUUUGUAAAAACCCUCACUGGCAAGACCAUCACACUAGAAGUAGAGCCAAGUGACACAAUAGAGAAUGUCAAAGCAAAGAUCCAAGACAAAGAAGGCAUUCCUCCAGACCAGCAGAGAUUGAUCUUUGCAGGCAAGCAGCUUGAAGAUGGUCGCACUCUUUCUGACUACAAUAUCCAGAAAGAAUCCACACUGCACUUGGUCCUUCGUCUGAGAGGUGGUAUGCAGAUCUUCGUAAAAACCCUCACUGGCAAGACCAUCACACUAGAAGUAGAGCCAAGUGACACAAUAGAGAAUGUCAAAGCAAAGAUCCAAGACAAAGAAGGCAUUCCUCCAGACCAGCAGAGAUUGAUCUUUGCAGGCAAGCAGCUUGAAGAUGGUCGCACUCUUUCUGACUACAAUAUUCAGAAGGAAUCCACACUGCACUUGGUCCUUCGUCUAAGAGGUGGUAUGCAGAUAUUUGUAAAAACCCUCACUGGCAAGACCAUCACACUAGAAGUAGAGCCAAGUGACACAAUAGAGAAUGUCAAAGCAAAGAUCCAAGACAAAGAAGGCAUUCCUCCAGACCAGCAGAGAUUGAUCUUUGCAGGCAAGCAGCUUGAAGAUGGUCGCACUCUUUCUGACUACAAUAUCCAGAAAGAAUCCACACUGCACUUGGUCCUUCGUCUGAGAGGUGGUAUGCAGAUCUUCGUAAAAACACUCACUGGCAAGACCAUCACACUAGAAGUAGAGCCAAGUGACACAAUAGAGAAUGUCAAAGCAAAGAUCCAAGACAAAGAAGGCAUUCCUCCAGACCAGCAGAGAUUGAUCUUUGCAGGCAAGCAGCUUGAAGAUGGUCGCACUCUUUCUGACUACAAUAUUCAGAAGGAAUCCACACUGCACUUGGUCCUUCGUCUAAGAGGUGGUAUGCAGAUAUUUGUAAAAACCCUCACUGGCAAGACCAUCACACUAGAAGUAGAGCCAAGUGACACAAUAGAGAAUGUCAAAGCAAAGAUCCAAGACAAAGAAGGCAUUCCUCCAGACCAGCAGAGAUUGAUCUUUGCAGGCAAGCAGCUUGAAGAUGGUCGCACUCUUUCUGACUACAAUAUCCAGAAAGAAUCCACACUGCACUUGGUCCUUCGUCUGAGAGGUGGUAUGCAGAUCUUCGUAAAAACACUCACUGGCAAGACCAUCACACUAGAAGUAGAGCCAAGUGACACAAUAGAGAAUGUCAAAGCAAAGAUCCAAGACAAAGAAGGCAUUCCUCCAGACCAGCAGAGAUUGAUCUUUGCAGGCAAGCAGCUUGAAGAUGGUCGCACUCUUUCUGACUACAAUAUCCAGAAAGAAUCCACACUGCACUUGGUCCUUCGUCUGAGAGGUGGUAUGCAGAUCUUCGUAAAAACCCUCACUGGCAAGACCAUCACACUAGAAGUAGAGCCAAGUGACACAAUAGAGAAUGUCAAAGCAAAGAUCCAAGACAAAGAAGGCAUUCCUCCAGACCAGCAGAGAUUGAUCUUUGCAGGCAAGCAGCUGGAAGAUGGUCGCACUCUUUCUGACUACAAUAUUCAGAAAGAAUCCACACUGCACUUGGUCCUUCGUCUAAGAGGUGGUAUGCAGAUAUUUGUAAAAACCCUCACUGGCAAGACCAUCACACUAGAAGUAGAGCCAAGUGACACAAUAGAGAAUGUCAAAGCAAAGAUCCAAGACAAAGAAGGCAUUCCUCCAGACCAGCAGAGAUUGAUCUUUGCAGGCAAGCAGCUGGAAGAUGGUCGCACUCUUUCUGACUACAAUAUUCAGAAGGAAUCCACACUGCACUUGGUCCUUCGUCUAAGAGGUGGUAUGCAGAUAUUUGUAAAAACCCUCACUGGCAAGACCAUCACACUAGAAGUAGAGCCAAGUGACACAAUAGAGAAUGUCAAAGCAAAGAUCCAAGACAAAGAAGGCAUUCCUCCAGACCAGCAGAGAUUGAUCUUUGCAGGCAAGCAGCUGGAAGAUGGUCGCACUCUUUCUGACUACAAUAUUCAGAAAGAAUCCACACUGCACUUGGUCCUUCGUCUGAGGGGUGGUUGUUGAGCACAUAAUGACUUUUUUCAUGUUGAUGGAAAUGUUUGUUGCAUUCUCUUCACUGAUGACCCAAUUGAAAAAUGUGUUUGUCAAAUAAACGUUUCUUGCAUAUAA